AUGGCCGAUUCACCCAUUGAUGUUCUUCUCAAGGGCGACUCCGGCCGGAAUACGCGCGGCCUGCUACGGAUUAUCAUUCUAGCAACCAUCGCUGCCGCCGCAGUGUCCAGUCGACUGUUCAGUGUAAUUCGCUUCGAAAGCAUUAUUCACGAGUUCGACCCCUGGUUCAACUUCCGAGCAACAAAAUACUUGGUUGAGAAUGGCUUCUACAGCUUCUGGGAUUGGUUCGACGACCGAACAUGGCACCCUCUGGGACGUGUCACUGGUGGCACGCUCUACCCUGGUCUGAUGGUAACCAGCGGCGUGAUCUACCAUAUUCUGCGAUUCCUCACCAUUCCGGUCGACAUCCGGAACAUCUGUGUUUUGCUUGCGCCAGCAUUCUCCGGAUUGACAGCGUUCGCCAUGUAUCUUCUCACCUGCGAAAUGUCCCACUCGCCUUCUGCCGGUCUUCUUGCGGCUGCCUUCAUGGGCAUUGCUCCGGGUUAUAUCUCUCGCUCGGUUGCGGGUAGCUACGACAAUGAGGCGAUUGCCAUCUUCCUGCUGGUCUUCACCUUUUUCCUGUGGAUUAAGGCUGUCAAGAACGGAUCGAUCAUGUGGGGAGCCCUCACGGCGCUUUUCUAUGGGUACAUGGUGUCCGCGUGGGGAGGCUAUGUCUUCAUCACCAACCUGAUUCCCCUGCAUGUGUUUGUUCUCCUUUGCAUGGGAAGAUAUAGCCCUCGGCUGUACAUCAGCUACACGACGUGGUAUGCCUUGGGCACACUUGCUAGCAUGCAGAUUCCUUUCGUCGGGUUCCUGCCCAUCCGCAACAGCGACCACAUGUCGGCCUUGGGUGUCUUUGGUUUGAUUCAACUCGUGGCUUUCGCUGAAUUCAUUCGAGGCUUUGUCCCUGGCAAGCAGUUCCAGAGACUUCUCACUGCCUCAAUCAUCAUUCUGUCGGGCGUUGCCUUCCUCGGGCUCACCGUCCUCUCCAUGACUGGCGUCAUCGCCCCUUGGAGCGGUCGCUUUUACUCCUUGUGGGAUACCGGUUACGCAAAGAUCCAUAUCCCUAUCAUUGCCUCGGUCUCGGAACACCAGCCUACUGCGUGGCCCUCUUUCUUCUUUGAUUUGAACUUCUUGAUCUGGCUCUUCCCCGCCGGUGUCUACAUGUGCUUCCGCGAGCUCCGGGACGAGCACGUCUUUGUGAUCAUCUACUCCGUCCUUGCUAGUUACUUCGCCGGUGUCAUGGUUCGUCUCAUGCUCACUCUGACCCCCAUUGUGUGUGUUGCCGCUGCGCUGGCGCUGUCUUCCAUCCUAGACACCUACGUGUUUGCCUCUUCUGGGCCCAACCCUAAAACCAGCUCGACUGAGAACUCGGAUGGUCUUCGCUCUACUAGAAACCCCGACGUUGGAAUCACGUCUUAUCUUUCCAAGGGUAUCAUGACGUCCUCGGUGGUUGUCUACUUGCUUCUAUUCGUUGCGCACUGCACCUGGGUCACCUCCAACGCUUAUUCCUCGCCGUCUGUCGUCCUGGCCAGCCGGUUGCCGGAUGGAAGCCAAUUCAUCAUCGACGACUACCGCGAGGCGUAUUACUGGCUUCGCCAGAACACCCCCCAGAACGCCAAAAUCAUGUCCUGGUGGGAUUAUGGUUACCAGAUCGGUGGUAUGGCUGAUCGGCCCACUCUGGUGGAUAACAACACCUGGAACAACACCCACAUUGCGACCGUUGGUAAGGCGAUGAGCUCCCGCGAGGAGGUGAGCUACCCUAUUCUUCGUCAGCACGAUGUCGACUAUGUGUUGGUGGUGUUCGGUGGAUUGCUGGGCUACUCCGGAGACGACAUCAACAAGUUCCUGUGGAUGGUCCGGAUCGCCGAGGGUAUCUGGCCGGACGAGGUGAAGGAGCGAGACUUUUUCACGGCCCGCGGUGAAUACCGUGUGGACGAUCAGGCCACUCCCACUAUGCGCAACAGUCUGAUGUACAAAAUGUCUUACUACAACUUCAACUCCAUGUUCCAGAUGGGACAGGCCGUGGACCGCGUUCGUGGCUCCAGACUGCCCGCCGAAGGACCCCAACUGUCGACGCUCGAGGAGGCCUUUACUAGUGAGAACUGGAUCAUCCGUAUCUACAAGGUCAAGGAUCUCGACAACUUGGGCCGAGACCACAUGAGUGCGGCGGCCUUUGACCGAGGUCAUAAGAGAAAGCGGGCGACCAAGAAGAAGGGUCCCCGGGUUCUGCGAACCGAGUGA